GCCCUUUUCUGGCAGCUGCCGGCACGGCCGAUCCUCUAACGCUCCCUUCUUAGCCUGCCUGACGCGGCUGCCUCUGCUCGGCUUCUUCCGCCGUUUCCUUUUGGCGUUCCUGCUGCUUUGCUGGGGACGUCCAGAGAGCUCGGGGGUCAUUGCGGACACCGCUAUCCAUUGGAAUGAAACCUUGGAAAAAACAGAAACCAUACUGGCAAAUGAGGACACUGCAUUUCAACAGAUUAACAAUAGUAGUAGCAAAAAUAACAAUUACAGCAGUGCAUUCCAAAAAGAAAUCACAUUGCCUUCAAGACUUAUUUAUUAUUUGAACAAAGACUCUGAAAGUCCCUAUCAUAUUUUGGAUACUAGGACAAGAUACCAGCAAAAACACAGUAAGGCUGUGCAUCUAGCUCAGGCAAGUUUCCAGAUUGAAGCUUUUGGUUCUGCAUUUAUUCUUGACCUCUCCCUGAACAAUGACUUAUUAUCUGCUGAUUAUGUGGAAAUUCAUUAUGAAGAUGACAAACCACAAUAUUCAAAGGGAGGGGAACACUGCUAUUAUCAUGGAAGCAUCAGAGGCAUCCCAAAAUCCAAAGCUGCUGUUUCUACUUGUAAUGGACUUCAUGGCAUGUUUGAAGACAAUACUUAUGUCUACCUGAUGGAACCUUUGGAGUUAACUCACAGCAUGAGCAAUGCAGGUAGACCACAUGUCAUUCGGAGAACAUUUGGAUCAAAUGCCUUCAGUCAGUUGGAAGAUCUUGAUACUGAUUCCACAUCGGAUUGGUCCUUCCUGACUGAAUUGCAGUGGCUAAGAAGGAAAAGAAGGGCUGCAGCGCGUGGCGUCUUUGAAGAAAUGAAAUACCUAGAGCUCAUGAUUGUUAAUGACUAUAAAAUGUUCAAAAAACAUCGGUCAUCCCAUAGUAAUACGAAUAACUUUGCGAAAUCGGUGGUAAAUCUCGUGGAUGCUAUAUACAAGGAGCAACUAAACACCAGAGUUGUUCUAGUUGCUGUUGAAACCUGGUCAGACAGAGAUCGUAUUCAUGUCCAUGCAGACCCAAGGCAGAUGCUUCAUGAUUUUUCCCGAUAUCGACAGAACUUCAUCAAGCAACGUGCUGAUGCUGUACAUCUCCUCUCGAAUGUGACAUUUCAUUAUAAAAGAAGUAGCCUAAGCUAUUUUGGAGGAAUUUGUUCGGUGGCUAGAGGUGUUGGAGUAAAUGAGUAUGGGCUUUCCUGGGCAAUAGCACAAGAAUUGUCCCAAAGCUUGGCUCAGAAUCUAGGAAUACAGUGGGAACCAGCAUCCAGAAAACCAAAAGGGUGCGAUUGUACAGAAUCCUGGGGUGGAUGCAUCAUGGAGGAAACAGGUGUCUAUCACCCCAGAAAAUUCUCAAAAUGCAGCAUUGCUGAAUACAGAGAUUUUUUACUCCGUGGAGGAGGUUUUUGUCUUUUCAACAGGCCUACAAAGUUGUUUGAUGCCACUGAAUGUGGAAAUGGGUAUGUGGAACCAGGCGAAGACUGUGACUGUGGUAUCCAAACGGACUGCCAUGCAGAAUGCUGUAAAAAGUGUUCCCUUUCUAAUGGAGCUCAUUGCAGUGAUGGUCCAUGUUGUAAUGACACCUGCCUUUUUUUUCCACGAGGCUUUGAGUGUCGCUAUGAAGUGAAUGAAUGUGAUAUUACUGAAAUCUGUACUGGUGACUCCGGCCAGUGCCCACCCAAUCUUCAUAAGCAAGAUGGAUUUGCUUGCGAUUCAAAUCAGGGACGUUGCUAUAGUGGGGAGUGUAAGACAAGAGAUAAUCAAUGCAAAUACAUCUGGGGCAAUAAGGCUUCAGGGUCUCACAAACACUGUUACGAGAAGCUUAACACAGAAGGUACACAGAAAGGAAACUGUGGAAAAGAUGGAGACAAAUGGAUUCCUUGCCACAAACAUGACGUGUUCUGUGGAUUAUUGCUUUGUGCAAAUCUUGAUGGGGUUCCACGAAUUGGUCACCUUCAGGGAGAAAUUAUUCCAACUUCUUUUUUCCACCAAGGUGUUGUAGUAAACUGCAGUUGUGCACAUGUACUUUUAGAUGAUGAAACAGAUUUAGGAUAUGUAGAAGAUGGAACUCCCUGUGGUCCUAAUAUGAUGUGUAUGGACCGAAGAUGCCUCUCUAUUCAGUCCUUGAACAUAAGCAGCUGUCCUAUGGAUGCUAAUGGAAAAGUUUGUUCGGGACAUGGGGUAUGCAGUAAUGAAGCCACUUGCAUUUGUAGCACUACUUGGGCGGGUACAGAUUGUAGCAUGUUUGAUCCUAGAAGGAAAGAUGACUCAGAGAAACCAAGUGGACCAAAGGGUCCUAGCGCCACCAAUCUUAUAAUAGGUUCCAUCGCUGGUGCCAUCCUGGUAGCAGCUAUUGUCCUUGGGGGGACAGGAUGGGGCUUUAAAAAUGUAAAAAAGAGAAGAUACGAUCCAAGUCAACAAGGCAUCUAAGAAAUUCCCUGGAAGAAUGUGGCUGUGCUUGAAUGUGGACUCUGGCUAUGGAGGCUCUUUGAAGCAGCUGGCUCUUCCUGCGACAGAAGCAUACCAGCCAUUGUCUACCAGUGGCAAGCGGAGGCAUUUGUGAAAGGGCUAAAGGAAAACUGUCCUUUACGGGAGAUUUAAAUUCAAGGACUUCCUCCACUCAUUUCUCUCUUUUUUUGGGGAUGUUAGGGACAAAACAAACUUUGGGAAGGAACUAUUUCGCCUAUUUUUUGUUCUAAACAAAAAUGGAACAAACAAACCAAGCGCAAUAAGUAAACACUUUCAAACUAUUUAAAUAGGUAAAGAAUUUCUUAAUAAUUUGAUUUCGCAUGAUGUUUUAAUAUUAAUGGCAGACUCCAGUGGCAUGAUAAUUUCUGAAAUGGUGAACUGCAUGGCAUAAACACAGCAAACGAGCUAGCAAGAGGGUCCCAAAUAAAAUCUAUUUACCAAGAACAUGAUGGAACAAAACACAGAAGAGCUGAUUCUAGGUUUUACCUAUGAAACAGGAUAAUUCCUUAAUUCUACCUAAUAUAGGUAUUCUUUAUUUUGUUUAUUUAUUGCUUUGGGGCAAACCUCUUUGAGGAAUGGCAAAUCAUACCACAAUGAAAUAUAUUUUUUAAAAAGGCUUAGGGGGAAGUCUUAUCAAACUCCAUUAUUACACAUUUUUUAAAUGUUUCAUUCCAUAGUAAUCUUAAGCUGUACACAUUCUUAAAAUGUUGCUCCUAUUUAAUUUUGGGGUAGCACUUUAUAUUUUAGAGGUUGGGGCAUAGUGCAGGGAAAUUCCACAAAUAAGAGGUAUGCUUUUUAAAUAUGUAUGCUUGAAA